AUGUCAGCACCCAUGAAGAAUGCAUUAGACUGGGCCUCUAGAGCCCCAAAUGUUUGGGCUGAUAAACCUGCCCCAGUCAUAAGUGUUUCGGGAGGAAUAGGUGGUGCACGAGGGCAGCUUCAUCUUCGCCAAAUUGGGGUCCAUGUGGAUCUUCAUUUCACUAACAAGCCUGAGUUCUUCCUGAACGCAUUUAAGCCUCCUACGAAGUUCGAUAGCCAAGGCAACCUGAUUGAUGAACAAGCAAAGGAGAGGUUGAAGGAACUCCUUUUAGCCUUGCAAACUUUUACUUUGAGACUCAAAGGCAGCAAAUGCGAAAAUUAA